AUGAAUAAAUUAUUUAUUUUUUCAAUUAUUUUAACAAUUAUUUUGGCUAUUUAUUUAAGUUUUUUGUUUAUUGGAUUAAAGGAAAAUGAUGUUUGUUUUUUAAAAAUUCCAGAAAAAGGCUAUUUUGGAACAGGAGAACCUAAAAAUGAUGAUUUAAACAUUAAAAAAUUUAAAAUUGAAUUUUCUUUAAAAGAGAUUAAUCAAUUAAAAGAAAGGCUUGGGAAGGCGAGAAUUGGACAUUUUGAAUUAGAAAAUAUAAAUGAUUGGAGUUAUGGGGUUAAAUUGAAUGAAUUAAUUGAAUGGAGUAAUUAUUGGAAGGAUAAAUUUGAUUUUAAUAAAAUGGAGGGAAAUUUAAAUAAAUAUCCACAAUAUUUAACACAAAUUGAGGGAAUUAUGAUUCACUUCCUUCAUGUAAAACCACCGAAACCAAAAGCUUAUCGCCGUAUUAUUCCACUUAUUUUGGUUCAUGGCUGGCCUGGAAAUGUUUACGAAUUUUAUAAAAUAAUUCCAAUGUUAACAGACCCAAAGUCUCAUUCUCUGGAUUUUGAUAUUGCUUUUGAAGUUAUUGCUCCUUCAAUUCCUGGAUAUGGAUUCUCUGAACAGCCACACAAAAAAGGCUUUGAUUCAAUUGCUACUGCUCGGAUUUUUAAUCAUUUAAUGACUGAACGCCUCGGAUUUAAACAAUAUUUAGCCCAAGGGGGUGAUUGGGGUUCAUUAAUAGUUUCCACUCUUGGACGUUAUUAUUCAACUAAUUUAAUUGGAAUUCACAUAAAUAUGGCAUUUAUUAGUCCAUUUGAUAGUUGCAAACAUUUUAUUCUUUCGUUAAUUGGUUGUUAUAAACCUGAAUGGGUUUUUUCUGAACCUGAACAUUUUAAGAAUUUUUCAAUAAAAGAAAAAUAUUUGGGACUUUUAGAGGAAUCUGGAUAUAUGCAUAUACAAGCAACUAAACCAGACACUGUAGGUGUUGGCUUAAAUGAUUCACCUAUUGGAUUACUUGCUUAUAUUUUAGAAAAAUUCUCAACAUGGACAAAUCCUUCUUAUCUUUCUUUGCCUGAUGGGGGGAUUUUAAAAAAAUAUUCUCGUGAGGAUAUAUUAACAAUAAUAAGUAUUUAUUGGUUACAAGGAAAUAUUUUAAGUUCUCAACGUUAUUAUAAAGAAAAUUUUUUGAGUAAAAAUAUUUUUAAUUCAAAAUAUAUAAAUAUUCCAACUGCUUACGCUGCUUUUCCUUAUGAUAUUGGUGAAGUAACACCAAAAGAAUUAAUCCAAUUAAAUUAUAAUUUAACACAAAUGACUAUAUUUACUGAUGGGGGACAUUUUGCUGCAUUUGAAAUGCCUAAAGAAUUAGCUAAUGAUAUUUUAAAUUUUGGAUUGAAAUUUUAAAGAUGAAUUUAAAAUGAUUAAAUAUUUUUUUAAUUUUAUUUUUAAUAAAAAAAAUUUUCAUGAUUGUGUCGAAUAGGAGAAAUUUAAUAUUGGGAUUUAUAUGACAUUUUGCUAUUCCGUAUAAACAACAGACACUUUUUAACGUUUUUCUCUGAAUUUUUAUUCUCUCAGACAGGUAUCAUAAAAAAUAAGACUUUU